AUGCUUUCCCGAACGCUUGUCCUCCCUGGAGGUCUUCGUGCCAGCACGAACACCACUUUUGUUUCCGCAAGCACAAAGACGUCCACACCCGCAUUAAAUGUGCACUCUCAGUUUCCUACACCUGGUUUGAUUGCUGUAUCCUCGACUGGAGUUCCGGCGACGGCCCGUUGUCUUAUUCAGUCUGGCCCGAGGUUACCGGGUGGACAACUAAAUAGUCUGUCGUCUGCCCUUGGAAAUUCUCCCAUUGCACCCAAUGAUGGCAAAAACCUAGCAAGUUUGGUCGCGGCCAACACUGCAAAGCGCAUUGUGAUUGGUGGGCAGCAAGGUUAG